GUCGCUGUAGUGCAUGAAGAGGAGGUGGAGGAGGAGGAGGAGGAGGAGGGGGGAAGUAGGGUGAUAGCUAGAAACGCGAAAGUGCGAAAACAGGCCUCCACCCCUCCUCUCAGGGAAAUGGGACUUGGUGUGAGGAUUAAGGCAGCGAGCCUCUGCAUCAUCUGCACCUUUGAUCCGAAGGAGCUAUGGAGAAAAGGGCCCAGUGUAAGAUGAGGGGAGAUUCUACUUGGCCGCUGCAGCUCUGUGUCUCUGGUGGAUUUGAUACACGUUCACAUCCUGGUACACCUGAACUGCUAAAGUUUGCGCAAACACACACUCUGAGCUUUGUAUCUUAAAGAUCUGUGUUUUCUGUCUGUGCUAGCUGUGGUAGUCUGUGCAGAUCCCUCCUCCAACCACAUGGAGGCGCAGCAAGGUUCUCCUGACACCAGCAGUGAGGAAUGUACUGUACUAGAGGCUCUGCCUGGCAAAGGAUCAGGACUACUUUGUUCUCAACACAAAGGAAAAGUUCCUGCAUUGUAUUGUUUGCCUUGUGAGCUUGCUGUGUGUGAGGAUUGUAUUGUGGAGCAGCAUGUGGACCACCCCACUGACUCAUUGAUGAAAAUUGUGGAUCAACAGUGCACAGCUUUGCAAGAAAGAUUGGAUGCAGCUAAGAACAGGCUGCCCCAGAUUAGAGGUGCGGCACAGGUGCUGAGGGACAUCCAACAGCAGCUGAGCUCUCAAAAAAACUCAAUAGAGGAGGAUAUCCACUCUUCCUUUAGUGAGCUACACAAGACUCUGGACACACGCAAGAGUGUCCUGCUUAUGGAGUUAGAGGUCACCUAUGGAUUGAAGCAGAAGGUUCUACAGGCUCAGUUAGACACACUGCUUAAAGAGGAAGCGGCCAUUAACAGUAACUGCAGCGUGACAGGAGAGGCCCUGGAUGGAGCUAGUGAGGCUGCUGUGUUGCAGACCCAUAAAGACUUUGGAGAGAGACUAAGUGAGCUGGCCAGUCAGGGUCUUCCCCUUCAGCCUGAGGAGAAUGACCAGCUGGAGCUCAUGAUGGAGGUUGAAGGCCUUCGUAAGUCCAUCCACAACCUGGGGGCCAUCAUCACCACUAAUGCUGUGGCCAGCCAGACUGAGGCUUGUGGUGAAGGCUUGGAGCAAAGUGUGGUGGGCCAGCCCACAUCUGUCAUCAUAACCACCAGGGACAAGUCAGGGGGCCUAUGCAAGACUGGCAAUGCCGUCAUCUCAGCAGAAAUCUUCACCCCGGACGGCAGCGUCACAGAUGGAGAGAUCCUGGACCACAAGAACGGAACCUACGAGUUCCUGUACACUUUGCACAAGGAGGGGGACUUUAGUUUGGCGCUGAGACUGUAUGACCAGCACAUCAAAGGAAGCCCCUUCAGAUUAAAGGCGACCAGUUCUCCCGAUGACUCUCCCCCGACCACCUCAGGAGCCAAUGCUGCCUCCACAGGUUCUAGCGAAGGAGGAGCAAGAAGACGCAGCGCCAAGUCUCCAGGUAGCAGGAGCCGGCAGAAAGGGAUGCGGAGAGGAGGAAGCUUGUUCAGCACCCCAAAGAAGAAGGUCAAUCCCAUUGAGGAUGAUCUUAUCUUUAGAAUCGGAACGAAAGGAAGAAAUAAAGGAGAGUUCACCAAUCUGCAAGGGGUAGCAGCCUCAUCAGACAGUAUCCUGAUCGCAGACAGUAAUAAUCAGUGUGUGCAGAUUUUCUCCAACCAGGGAGAGUUUCUUAGCCGAUUCGGUGUGCGGGGCCGGUCGCCAGGGCAGCUGCAGCGACCCACUGGUGUAGCUGUGCAUCCGAAUGGUGACAUCAUCAUUGCUGACUAUGACAACAAGUGGGUUAGCAUCUUCACCAGUGAUGGCAAAUACAAGGCGAAGCUGGGCUCCGGGAGGCUGAUGGGUCCAAAGGGCGUGUCUGUGGAUCAGAACGGUCAUGUUAUUGUAGUGGACAACAAAGCUUGCAUGGUGUUCAUCUUCCAGCCCAGUGGAAAACUAGUAACAAAGUUUGGCAGCAGAGGCAAUGGUGACAGGCAGUUUGCAGGUCCCCACUUUGCCGCAGUCAACAACAAUAAUGAAAUAAUUGUCACAGACUUUCAUAAUCACUCAGUAAAGGUGUUCAGUGCAGAAGGUGAGUUCCUGCUCAAGUUUGGCUCUAAUGGCGAGGGGAACGGUCAGUUCAAUGCUCCAACAGGCGUUGCGGUGGACGUUAAUGGGAACAUCAUUGUAGCGGACUGGGGAAAUAGCCGCAUACAGGUUUUUGAUGGCAGUGGCUCGUUUCUCUCCUACAUCAACACGGCAGCGGAUCCACUUUACGGGCCACAAGGUCUUGCCCUGACGUCUGAUGGCCAUGUUGUGGUGGCCGACUCUGGGAAUCAUUGUUUCAAAGUGUACCGUUACCUUCAGUGAUCCAGAAGGGCAAUGCUUCAUGGACACAACAGACAUUUGCACUUAAUUUGCAGAUAUAUAUGACCCUUUCUCCCUAUGUUAACUGCUUCCUCCUUGCUGGAAUGGGCUCCCGUGGCUUGGAUACAGUACCUUUCUUUGUUGUGACUUCUGUCUGAUGAAUACUUAGGAGGGCUAUGCCUUGUAAAGUUAAUUAGCAGAAUCUGGAUGCCUUUGCCAAAUACCUGCUGUAAUGUGGUGGUAUAGUUUUGCGCAGCAUAUGGUAGCACAUUGGUGAGUUGCGCAUGUUUUACCUUCACCUGCUGAGUCUGAAUUUUGCUCUAUAUUUACAAUCAACAUAAACACAGCUUUCAGUGACGGAUUCUUCUAACACUUUCCACCAUCGUCGUUCUUCAGAAGCAAUUACAUUAAAACCACUUGGUUAGACAAUAUCUGAAUAGGUUCUAGGUUCUUAGACUAUUCAAUGCAUAUAAGUCACCGAAGUUUACUUCAUGCUGUCAGUUAACCAUAACCGGUCCUGGUGUCCUUUCUGUACACAAGAAAUCUGUCCUAAGAAAUAUUCUGUCCACAUUCCACCUCUAGACUGUUCUUAUUUCGGAUUACAGACUCUUGCUAAUACAGUUAGUGCAACAAGUGACGCAGCAGAUGUAAAACCUAAAUUUGUGGUUCUUGGACAUGAAAAUAAAAUUUGUUUCAUGUCAACAUGCUAUGAAAGUGAAUGAGCCUAAACAUUGUCCCAUGCUACACUUUUAGGUCUACUUUAGCUCUUUAAUCAACAAAUAUUAGGCCUCUAUUUUUAUUUAAAGACUAUUUAAAAGGGAAAAAAAUCUCUAUAUUUAUGUAUUUAUCUUGAAUAACGUUUCAAAGUAAAGUGGAAAAAAAGUGGUCAGUUUUCACUAGUUUCCUGCAGUAUGUCUGUUAACUUUUUUUCUGUUUUGGCCAGUAGUUAACGUACUUAAGCUCCUCCAUUUAAUGUCAGGUUUGAUAUUGCUAGGCCAUUCAAUGUUUGACAAACCAUUUCUGGUGUAUAUGGUAGAUUUUCUUAGAGGCAUGUUUUGCGCACUAGUAAUGCUAGAAUAAUAGAGACAGGUUUAUCCAUCCAUGAUGCAUUUUUAUGGCAAUAGUAUUUCCAUGACUGUGUCAACGUAAAGGUAUCGUACUGGUCAUUCCAUUCUUUCUCUCACUUUAAAAUAUUAUGUUGCUUUCAGAUUUUGUUGAAGUUGAUUGUUUACUAUUGUAAAGAUUGUUUCUUUUGCACUGAAGAAAAAAAACAGUGGAUGAAUGUUGUUUAUUGGUUAAAUUAAGAUUUCACUUGAAUGUCCAUGUUCUGUACAAAAACGCCUUAACAUUUUUUUUUAAUCGAUGGAAAUGCCAGACACUAAAUUACUCAUUUCAUUUUUGUUGUUGAAGUAUGCUUGUUUACAGUUUAAAGUCAACCAAAUGCCUGCUUGGAUUUCUAAUGUUGGUAUCACCCUAUCAAUAAUAUCAUCAUGAUGCCGAAUAACAUUAAAAUAUUGACUGCAGAAAAUGUU